CAAAGCGGACAGAUGGAAGAGUUAUCGCUAUCCACACGGCCAACUUUUCCUCCGCUACCGAGUCACCAUUCUCCACACCACUCACCCUUCCAGUUCACCGCGAAACGAACGCAUAGCGUGCGCCAUCGAAGGAAGAGGGCAAGGCUGCAGCCAAGACUAGCUUCAUCCGCAUCCAUGUCGCCAGCGCAGGACCCCGUGACGGGAGAAACCGGCAACGGCGCAUCGCGUGCCCGCCAUGCGCAUUCGCUGUCAGGCACCAUAGCGACACGACCGAGGCGGACAACCGCGCAGAGUGACAUCCAUGAGACAAUUCUGCACCCCGGAAAUGUGAAGAUUAACGUCCAGGGCGCAUUCAUCGUGGACGAGGAGCAGCCCGGGACCCCGCAGAGCGAAGAUUACGAGCACGACCCCAAAGAUAUUAGACUGCCAAACCACACAGCAGUCGUGAGCCACAUAGCAGUUGAUGUGAGUGCA